GUGGACUCUGCGGAAAGAUGACACGAGUGGCGGAUGGAUAUCUUGAGUCGGCCGAUGACACGCAGCCACACCAGCGAUCCCACUUUUGAUCGAGCCUUGAAAAACCCCCCGAGCGCCGGGACUGCUCGUCUGCUGCGGCUUAAUGGCCGGGCCUGGUGCGUGCAUUGAGGAUUCGUCGUGGAGUUGGAAUUGAAGGUGUUGGAAUUAAUUCUCGUCCGCACGAACAAUUUCUCCACACCCAUCCAUCCGCACACUUCCAUUCCAUCUGCAUAGGAAUGAUGGAGAAUCUGGCGAUCCAGAUUUCUGCAAGCAGCUGUAGCCAGGUGUUGGUAAAAUCACCCUGUGCUUCUGGAAAAGUGCAAAAUUUGCCGCAGUCGUCCUUGUUUACCGUGAGCCUGCGGACAGGAAGCAAGUUUUCGAGUUCCCGUCGACCUGUUGCAUUGAGGCAUCUUUGCAAGCAGUACGUCGGGCCCAGAUGCAGUACGCUGGAGCUAGCUAAGCCAAGUAAAGAGAACGAGGAGAAUUCGAGUGGUGAUAGCCGUGAACUUCUGGACAGGCAGGAAGAAACUGAUGUGAAUCGAAAAACGGGUUCUUUCAAUUGGUUGGAGCAAUGGUAUCCUGUGGCUGUCGUAAAGCACAUGGACAAAUUGCAGCCUCGUGCAGAGACAAUCCUCGGCCGGGAUCUGGUAAUUUGGUGGGAUCGUAACGCGAAUCGGUGGCAGGUGUUCGACGAUGCAUGUCCACACCGGACAGCUCCUCUUUCAGAAGGGAGAAUUCACGAGAGUGGUCACCUACAGUGCUCUUACCACGGUUGGACCUUCAACUCCUCUGGAUCAUGUACCAUGAUCCCUCAAUUGGAGAAGGGUCGAGAACAGGCAUUGAAUUCUAGUCGAGCUUGUGUAAAAAUUUACGUUUCAAUGGAACAUCAAGGCAUGAUAUGGGUUUGGAUGGAUAGGGCCGAGGGGGCCGAAGAACGUGCUGCUGCUAAUCCUCCUCCUUUCAUUCCUUACCUAAACGAUCCGAAUUAUGUCUUUGAUAUCGGAAUGAUGGAUCUACCUUACGGAUACGAGUUACUCACAGAAAAUCUGUUGGAUCCAUCCCACGUCCCUUUCGCUCAUCAUAAGAUUCAGGGCAAUCGAAAUACAGCAAGACCUUUAAACCUCAAAGUUGUCGACUCUCACAUUCAGGGCUUCAGUGCCAAAAGAGAGGAAACAAUGGACCUUAUAUUCCACGCCCCUUGUUUGUCGAGAAUGGACUUCAGAAUUCCACCUCCGAAGACGCCGCCCAAAGGACAUCCUCUGGCUUUGAAGGUUCGUGAAUGGAUCGCGUCCAGGAAGCAGCCUAAGGUUGAUGAAGAGGUCAAGCAAAUUUCAACUAUUUUCUUUUGCGUGCCAGUGGCCCCUGGGAAGAGCAAAGUUAUCUUCUCUUUUCCCAGAAACUUCGCCCAGCUGGUAUUCAAGCUAACACCGCGGUGGUUUGGCCACUAUUCUCACAUGGCAGUCAUCGAUUCCGAUCUGCUACUUCUUCAUGAGUUGGAACAUCGGAUUCAGGAACGUGGUGGGGAUAUAAAGCCGCUGUACUUCACACCUGCUUUAGCUGAUACGUGUGUAAUGGAGUUCAGAAAAUGGUUCAAAACUCUGGCACAAGGUAAAGUGGAUUAUGGAGCCAAGUCCUCCAGCACUCUGCCGCCACGUCCUCCGAGGAGAGUAUUAUUCGACAGGGGCAUUUCACACGUCGCCAAGUGUAAAAUAUGUUCUGGUGCAGCUGCCAACUUCCGAAGACUGAAAGAAGUUUUACAAAUAGUGUCAGUUGCGCUGGUGGGAUUAGUCGGAAUAGCCUCUUCAAACUCAUGGCACGUUCUGAGUAAUUUUAGUGUCCCUUUAGUAUGCCUGGCCAUCGCCAGUGCUGUGACCUCCAUAUGGUUGUCGAGGUUUAUCAAAAAAAUGUACGAAUAUCAUGAUUACAACCAUGCCGUAGUUGAAUAAUAAACAUGACAUGGUUCAAGCACGUCGUCAUGUGCAACCAGGACAAUGAGUUCUUUCAUUCAUAUAAUGUCUGCCCCCUGGGUCAUUUGAACACUUAAAAACAGAGGUACUG